CUUUUUGUAGCCAGCAUUAGGGUUUUUACUCGGAAGGUUACAGCUUCAUCAGGGCAAACAUGGGGAAGACUCAUGGAAUGGGAGCUGGUCGCAAGCUGAAGUCCCACCGCAGGAGGCAAAGGUGGGCGGACAAGUCAUACAAGAAGUCUCACCUGGGUAACGAAUGGAAGAAGCCAUUUGCUGGUUCUUCACAUGCAAAAGGCAUUGUUUUGGAGAAGAUUGGUAUUGAGGCCAAACAGCCUAACUCCGCUAUCAGAAAGUGUGCAAGAGUUCAACUAAUUAAGAACGGAAAGAAGAUUGCAGCCUUUGUUCCCAAUGAUGGUUGCUUAAACUACAUCGAAGAAAAUGACGAGGUGUUGAUUGCAGGAUUCGGACGGAAGGGGCAUGCUGUCGGAGAUAUUCCCGGAGUCAGAUUCAAAGUUGUCAAGGUUUCGGGUGUCUCUCUUUUGGCUCUUUUCAAGGAGAAGAAAGAGAAGCCAAGAUCUUAAGUCUAGCAUCCUUAGUUAUUUAUCUCGUCUUUCAAGCCUUAAAAAGACUUAAAAUGUUACCGUUUUCGCUUUAAUGAGAUUUCCAAACCACCCAUAUUCAUCU